UCCGCUUUGCUCUAUACCUCACCAUCCACUUCCGUCUUUGACAGGCACCUUGCGGAUACAUCAACCUAGACCUCGGAUACGUCAAACUAGAACCUAGCCGACUCUUUGCGAUAUGCCUUACCAACCCAAUCACGUCUUCAAGGGCAUCGUCACAAAAGUCGGAGCCAUGAGAAAGACUGCUACUGUCACUGUUGAACGGAUAUUUGAACACCCCAAGAUCUUGAAGGAAAUGAAAAGACAUAAAAAGUUCCUUGUCCACGAUGAAGGAGAGCUUGCCAGAUUAGGCGACAAAGUCUCCAUCAUCCACGGCGCCCGUACUUCUAGACAUAAAUCCUUCCGACUUCAAUCAAUUCUUUCUCGUAACACUCAGAAGUUCCCCGACGAUCCUAUACCUGCCGAGAUUCCUUUACCCUCCAUCAAGCCUAGCAAGCAGAAGAAGUUGUUGGAAAAGGCCGCCUUACGAUCGAGCGGGCAAGUGGAUGCUUCGGGCGGGUCAGGAAAGGUCAUUGAUGCAUUGAAAGAGGCGGAAUUAGCAAAAGGACAGGCAGCUAGGGUCGCCGAGGUUGCCGGGAGAAAUGUGGUGUAGAACUGUGUCCCCGAAUGGAUCCAUUAUUCUGCACUGAUCCUAUUUUGUAAUGUCUCGU